UUUUGGCCUUACCGCUUCCGCAUUUUGUUGGCCAAAAAGCAAAAGCAAAUCGACAGUCGGUAUCUGUCCGCCGAUUUUGCCGUCGCUCCUGCGUCCUGCUUCCUUCCAAAAAUAACAAAUAAUUACUCAAAAUAAUAAUAAGUGGGGGGUGUGAGCAGCGGAGCUUUUGCGUCGACGUCGAGUCAAAAGUGGAAGAGAAGUGAAUCGGUUUCGGUUUCGCAAUACAUACACAAACAAUAGGCGCUGGGAAGUAGACGACGGCGAAUCCUUGGCGGCUCAGCAUUUCCACCGAAUUCGCGUCGAGGAAAAGCGGAAAAUCGGAAAAGCGGAGACCAUUUCGUAUUGAUUUUCAAGUGUGAGCGGCGCCGUUAACAUGGACAAGAUGACGGUUGCCCAGAAGAACGCAUAUCUUGAGGCGCACAUGGCUGUGCAGCAGCAGAUGGCCCAGGCGGCCAUUCAGUUCAAGCAGCAGCAGACUUCCCAGCAGCAGAACUCGCCCACAGCCAACAACAAUAACAACAGCCAGAACAAUGGCAACAUGCAACAGCAACAGCAGCAACAACAGCAGCAACAGCAACAGCAGCAGCAACAACAACAGCAGCAACAUUAUGCGGCAACCAUCAAAGUGCCACAGAUCAGUUCCUCAAGUGUGGCAGCUGCGGCGGCGGGCGAGAGCACCUUCACAGUUCCGGACGACGGGAUGGGUUUCGAGGGAGGUGUAAGGGUCCUACAGAGCCUGGGCACAUGGUCGGCGGCCGAGCAACUGACCUACAACAUCCCCAAGCCGAACCUCAUCCCCUUCACAGAGCCCUAUGUCGAGGGAGGCUCGAUGCACCCCGCGAGUCGACUAAAGGCACUGCAACAGGUGCAGCAGGCAUCCUCGGGGGUCCGCAAGACAAAUCCCUCAAAAUCCACCAACAAGGCAUUCGAAUGCACGGUCUGUGGCAAAGGACUCGCCCGCAAGGACAAGCUGACCAUCCACAUGCGCAUCCACACCGGCGAGAAGCCCUAUAUUUGUGAAGUUUGUAAUAAGGCAUUUGCCAGACGGGACAAACUGGUGAUCCACAUGAACAAGUUCAAGCAUGUGACGCCCACGAAUAUUGCGCCACUCGGAAAGCGUUUGAACAACAUGGUGAAGAAGAAGGAGCAACCAGAUCCUCCGCCGGAGGAUAAUAAGCAAAGUCUAGAGCUUCAGCUACAACAACAGGCGGUCCAGGUGGCCGCCCAGAAUAUAAUUGUGCAAUCCGCUCAAGGAGCGCCGGCGUCGAUUCCCGGGAUCAUCAUCCCGCACCACCAACAGCAGUUAUCCUGGACCUGCGAGCUGUGCGGCAGGAUGUUCUCGAGUCGGGACGAGUGGUCCAUUCACGCCAAGAGUCAUCUGGAGCCGGAACGGCUAGUCGCAGAGUCAACAAAACCAGCAGCAGCAGCGGCGGCGGCAGGAGUAAUUGCUAAGACCACGAGCAGCAACAAUAAUCGCAGCUACCAAAUGGAUUCCAAUCAAAAUCAAAUACAAAUGGAGGCCCAAGCACGCAAGCAGAAGAUAAUCAUACAAAACCAAAUGAUACUCAAUGCCAGUCAUCAGCAGCAGCAGCAGCAGCAACACCCUCAACCGCAGCAACAUCAACAGCAGCAACAGCAACAGCAGCAGCAGCAACAUGUGGCCCACGGCAAGAAGGCAGCCAGAAAGCACCAGCAACAUAUACAGCAGCAACAGCAGCAACAACAGCAACAGACCAGUGCGCCUAUGUACAAUAACAAUAGUAGUAGCAACCACAACGGCAACAACCAGGGCCAAGAAGUGUCCGUGCCGGUGUCGCACAUCAUUGCCAAUUCGCCAACUGCCGCCACCUACAUGCAGGCCCAGUUGAGCGAGCAUGCCAGCAACAUGCAACACGGCAUGCCCAUUGUCACCUACAAUGGGAAUCAGUACUGCGUGAUCACCAGGGCCCCGGAUCUCGAUGUGGAGGCGAUGCAGAAGCCUCUGGAAUAUGGCCAUUCAGCUGCUGGAGCCACCAAUAUAAUAGUUAUGUCGCCGAUGCAACUGCUGCCCCCGCAGCAGCAGCAGCAGCAACAGCAGCCGCAACAACAGCAACAGCAGCAGCAGCCACAGUAAUUCCUGGCGAGGAGAAAGGCCGGGUCAAAAGCCUCGUUGGGGCUUACUGCCACCAGCUAUAAAUACAAAUUGUAAAUAAAGUCUUAAGCAGCCAAGAGCGAACCUAAGUAUAUGUUUAAAAACUCUACCCAGCAAAAAACAAAGUUUGUAAAUGUCAGAUUAUAAAGCAUAGAUCCCACGUGUCAGCGAAGUCAACUCCAAAUCAAAUGUAGUCUAAGCAACCUAACAUAUCCCCCCGCAGAACUUGUAGUACCAUCUAACCCAUAAGGCAGCCACCACACUGAGAUAUAUAUAUACAUGCCAUUUCGAUGCAGUUUUCAGACCCCCCCUCCCCAAAGUAGCAACAACAACUCACAUAGACCCAUAUUCAAACCGCGUGUAUGAUAUUGUAUGUGUUUCUAUGGCAUUGUUUGUAAAUUAAGCUAAUUACGUACACCAAUUACGUCUUCGACUAAAAAACGCAACUUGGGUGGUAAAAAGAAAUAAAAGCGAUAAUGAAAAGAAAAACAAAACAGAGUAGCAGUAGUAGUGUCCAUCAGCAAAGCUCCCCACACAUCUCCCCACUCGAUUCCAAUGGCAAACCAUGUAAAGAUCAAGCGAAAAUAAAUUUAAUUUAAUUAAAUAAAA